AUGCCAGCAUCGCCUCCAAUCACCUCUCCCAAGAGAGGAGAGAGUGCACGAAGAGUACAAAGCCCAUCACCCAGCAUCAGGCUAAUUUCGAACCGACGGGUGAAUCAAGAACGACUGCCAUUAUUGGAGAGAUCUCACGAUAGCGAUUAUGCAACUACUAAUACCCAUCACGUCCCCCCACACAUUCCUUCAUAUCUUCAAAAUGAAGUUCUUCCAAAACCAGAUACUUCUGAUGUUGAAUCGUUUGUUUACCAACCACAACCAACUGGUAUAGAGCAUAGACUUGAAGGACAAUAUAUGCCUACCAGCACUCAAAAAGCAGAGAACCUAGCAUGGAGUGAUAUCCUUCCAUAUUAUCUCCCGUGUCUUUCGUGGAUGGGUAAAUACAACCUUCUGUUCUUCAUUGGUGAUUUGAUCGGUGGAUUAACAUUAGUGUUCUUCCAAUUACCAUUAUCACUAUCAUAUGCAACUACUUUAGCCCAUGUGCCUGUCGUUUCCGGGUUAUAUUCACUCGGAAUUUCACCAUUGAUAUACAUGAUUUUCGGAAGUGUCCCCCAGAUGAUUGUCGGUCCCGAGGCACCAAUAUCUCUCAUUGUGGGACAAGCAGUUGAACCAUUGUUACAUCAUGCCAAAAAGGAAGUUGAUCCUAUGGAAUAUGUAGCAGCAAUUACAUUUUUGAGCGGGGCUACGUUGCUAGGAUUUGGAUUGGGAAGAUUUGGAUUCUUGGAUAAUGUAUUGAGUCCAAGUUUAUUGAAGGGUUUUAUUGGCAGUGUUGGGAUUGUUAUGAAUAUCAAUGCAUUGAUUAGUUGUUUAGGAUUGGAAGAGUUGAUGAAAGAAAUUUCUAACGAUCCUAAUGAAAUGGAUAUUCAUUCUCCAUUUGAUAAAAUGAAUUUUCUUGUGCAUAACUUAGGCAAACUGAACGGGUUAAGUCUUUGUAUAAGUUUAAUUGGAUGGAGUGUAAUAAUAGCCGUGAGAAUGUUCAAGAAAUAUAGUCAUAACAAAACUCAUAGUCGAUUUUAUAAAAAUGUGGCAUAUAUUCCUGAGAUAUUGAUUGUUGUAGCAGGAUCAACUAUCCUUUGUGAAUACUUUCGUUGGGAUUUACAUCAUAUUGAAGUCAUCGGUAAGGUCAAGCACGAUGGAGAAAUUCAUUUUUAUAACCCAUUAUCUAAAUGGAGCUUAGUUAAACAAUUCAGUACUCUGGGAUUCUUGUGUGCUAUGUUAGGUUUCUUUGAAUCGACCACUGCAUCAAAGUCGCUUGGAACCAUGUUUGACUUACCUAUUAGUUCCAAUCGUGAAUUAAUUGCCUUGGGUUCUCUAAACUUUGUGGGAUCUGUGUUUGGUGCAUUGCCUUCAUUUGGAGGUUAUGGAAGAAGUAAAGUGAAUGCCAUGUCGGCAAAAACUACCAUGCUGGGAGCAAUAAUGGGAUUUUUCACUUUGAUCACAGUAGUAUUUUUACUUGACUAUUUAUACUUUGUUCCUGUGUGCAUGCUUAGUGUGGUUACUUCUGUGAUUGGUAUUCUGUUAAUUGAAGAAGCACCUUAUGAAUUAUACUUCCACUGGAUGAGUAAAGGAUACAAUGAAUUGAUUACAUUUACAUUAACUGUUUUGAUUACCUUGUUCUUUUCCAUGGAAGGUGGGAUUGCCGUAGGGUUGAUUUACCUGUUGAUUCGAGUAAUCAAGAAUUCUACCGAAUCAAGAAUUCAAAUUUUGGGAAGAUACCCAAACACCAACAUUUUUGUUGACGCAGAUAUCCCUACUUAUUCAGAUAUGACUCAUGAACACAAGUCUUCUAUCAAUGUGUUUGAUGAUUUUAAUCAAACCCAGUUGAAUCAGCAGGUUAUUGAAGAAGUUGAAGGCUGUUUAAUUGUGAAGAUUCCAGAACCAUUGACAUUUACUAAUUCCAGUGAUUUACAGAGUAGAUUGAAGCGUGUGGAAAUGUAUGGGUCUACCCGGGCCCAUCCUGCCUCCAAACGUAGCCGAGACGAGUCUAUGACUAAAUAUAUCAUUUUUGACUUGAAUGGAAUGACAGAAAUUGAUUCCUCGGCGGCGAAAAUCUUACGGGAGUUGAUUUGCAGGUAUAGGAGCCGUAAUAUCAGGACAUUAUUUGUGCGCGUGGCCAACUAUCCUAAAGUCAGACAGAGAUUAAUUGAUUCGGGGAUUGCCGAUUUGCUUUAUGAAGACCUUGUCGAUUUGAGGUAUUUUACCAUGCAAGAUUUGGCCUUAAGGUACAUUAAUUCGCGUGGAAGGAAUUUGCAAGAGUUUGAAGAAAUGAGUAGCAGUUCUGAGAUAGAAACGCUCAUGAACUGUUUUGAAUUGAUUGAGAAUGAAGAGGAACCAUAUUUCAAACAUAUUAGAGACUCUUUAAAGGUUAUUGAUUGUUUUGAAGUUAGUAGAUCAUUAUUAGACCGGAAUGUAUAG